GCCUCAAAGAGGGCGGCUAGCAGCAACGCUAGCUAGUAAAAGCUAUAUUGACAUAGGGACCACUUUUCAUCCUAAAACGACGCAAUUGCGGGAAAAUGGCGGCAUCGUUGCAUCUAUGAAAACAUUAAACGCGUAUGUGGGCAAUCAAAAUGCCCCGAUGAUUUAACAAUCUUGGAGAUUAAGGCUGAUUCAUCAUAGUGUAUUCGUGUAGUAUUUUCGUACCAUGUUCGCGACCCGAUGCAGAGAGAAAAGAGGAAGUAGAACCCCGGAAGCACUUCUUUAAGUGCAGUUAGGAGCCGAGUAGAGUAUUUUGCCCCCUGGUGGUCAGGAAUUUCAUGGAGGCCCAAAACAUACAAAUUACAAAUUUAAGUUAAUAGUUUGUAUAAAUACGUUUAUUUAUAAAUACGUAACGUUUAGCUACAUAUUCUAGAAAUACAAUUAUAACACCUUCCAACCAUAGAACAUUUAUAAUACUAAUUUUAAUGUCCACAGAAUUAGUUUCAAUUAAAACACUAUUGAGUAACAACACAGGAAUGGAAUGUUGUGUUAAUGUUUAGCCCUUCUCUACUUGUCAACAAAACUGUCCGGAGGACUGAUAUGAAAAUGAGCAGCGAGGGAGUUUAAAAAAAGAGGGAAGUAAGCUGUGAGUUCCUCUGUGGGUUGGUUUUAUUUUCUCACAUCACACACAUACACCGAGUCCCAAAGUCAGAACACAUACUUUAUGGAGGUUAAAGCUUCACACUUUCAACCUCGAACUUGGCAGUUGGCUGUUUGAUGCACAGAUCAAUGUGAACCAUGUCUGAGAACAUUCUGGAAGACAUCUUCAUCAAACGCUCCCAACAGAGGAGGAAGACCUCGCCCUUGAACUACAAAGAGAGAUUAUUCAUUCUCACGCGGGACAAACUCUCCUACUACGACUACGAUCUGGAGAAAGGGAAGCGUAAAGGUUUGCGGUGCUCCAUCGAUCUGGACAGGAUCAAGUGCGUGGAAACGGUACUGGCGGAGCCUAAUAGCCCUCAAGAGCGCAUGCAUGCAUUCCAGGUGAUUUACGACGAGGGACCGCUGUACAUCUUUGCCAAGACCGAGGAAGUCCGAGCUCAGUGGAUAAAGAAGCUGAAAGAAAUGGUGCAGUUUAACAAGGACCUGAUGCAGAAGUACCACCCUCGUUUUUGGAUAGAUGGCAUGUGGCUGUGCUGCCAGCAGGAAGUCAAACAAGCGGUGGGCUGCAAGGUUCUGGAUAGUAAGAACGGCUUCGUGUCCAAAUCUUCACGAAGAGGAUCACGUAAACCUCUUCCCCCGACUCCGUCAGAGGAGAAGCCUGUUCGACCAUUACCUCCGCAGCCCCCUGAGUCCGACGCCCCCUGCACGGGUAUGAGCGUCAUAGCUCAGUACAACCACCCGGCCAUGAUGCCGCACGACUUGGAACUGAGGAAGGAUGAGGAGUACACCAUCCUAGAGAUGUCCGACCCAAACUGGUGGAAAGCCAGGGACGCAUACGGGAAUGAAGGUUACAUACCCAGUAACUAUGUGGUGCAAGCGGCAAACUGCUUAGAAAGAUAUGAUUGGUAUUGCAAGAAUACAAACCGUAGCCAGGCAGAGAAGCUACUGAAAACUGAGAAUAAAGAUGGCGGCUUCUUGGUGCGAGACUCAAGCAAGCCAGGGAAGUACACGGUGUCUCUAUUCAGUAAAGGAGGCGGAGAGACUGGUGGGCUCUGCAAACAUUACAACAUCUGCACCACACCGAAAGGGCAGUUCUAUUUGGCUGAAAAGCACUACUUCUGCACCAUACCGGAGCUAAUUAACUACCAUCAGCACAAUGCAGCAGGUAUGUUCAGUAGGCUGAAACACAUCGUGUCCAACCGGGCACGGCCUCCAUCAACAGCAGGUCUUGGCUAUGAUACGUGGGAGCUGGACCCCUCCUGCCUUACCUUCAUUAGGGUCCUGGGCACGGGCCAGUUUGGGGUUGUGCAGUACGGAAAAUGGAAGGGCCAGCAGGAUGUGGCUAUUAAGAUGAUUAAAGCGGGUUCCAUGUCAGAGGAGGAGUUCAUAGAGGAAGCCAAGAUCAUGAUGAAGCUCCACCACGAGAACCUGGUCCAGCUGUACGGAGUAUGCACCAAACAAAGCAGCAUAUACAUCGUGACCGAGUACCUGUCCAACGGCUGCCUGCUCACCUACCUCAGGGAGGGCCUCAGGCACCCGACGUCUGUGCAGCUUCUGGAGAUGUGCAAGGACGUCUCAGAGGGAAUGGCCUACCUGGAGUCCAAGCAAUACAUCCACCGGGAUUUGGCUGCAAGGAACUGCUUGGUGGAUGGUAACGGUACAGUCAAAGUGGCUGACUUUGGGCUAUCCAGAUACGUCUUAGACGACGAGUACACAAGCUCAGCCGGGUCUAAAUUCCCAGUCCGGUGGUCGCCUCCUGAGGUUCUCCUAUACUGCCGAUUCAGCAGCAAGUCGGAUAUCUGGGCUUACGGGAUUCUCAUGUGGGAGGUGUACAGUUUGGGGAGGCUUCCGUAUGAACGGCUGAACAACAACGAAAUAGUAGAUCAGGUGUCCCGAGGCCUCCGACUGUACCGUCCUCAACUGGCGUGCGAGAAAGUCUACGGCAUCAUGUCCAGUUGCUGGCUAGAUAAAGCAGACGAGAGACCCACCUUUGUGGAGCUGGUGUUCACUGUUCAGGAUUUGUUGUAUGAACUCCAGUAGCUCACAGCAUCACAAGAAGACGCCUGGAAAAUGAACAUCUAGAAUGUUUAAAAAGUUAUUUUGUGUUCACGUAGUACACAUGUCAUUUCUAUCUGUUUAACUAGAAUGCUUUGUUGAACUCAAAGGGAAUAUCAACAUUAAAAGUUUGAGGUGGUUUAGGGAAAUAAAGAGUCAUUUGUAAGA